GGUCACAUGACUGAAACCGCGGGAAAGCCGGUGGCGAACGCAAAGAUGGUGAACCAAUACGAAGAAAUCAGAAAGCGAAACAUCGAGGAUAACCGGCGUAUUUUAGCGGAGUUGGGCAUACUUAAUCCGUUCAAGCCCUUGGGAAAAGUUGUAAAGAAAUCCGUUAAGAGGAAACGCCACAGUACAGGAGGAGAAUGGGUGCCCAAAAAACAAGCAGUGGAGGUUGAUCAGGACUACGAGGGAUAUGGAUCCAUCCGGGGGACAUGCAGAAGAUCAUCCAGAAUCCAGGGAAAGGCAGCUCCUAAUGCAGAAGAGUUGAAGGAUGAGGUGGACCGGUUUGUGGAAGAAGAGCAGAAUUCGAGGUUAAAGGUCAAGCCGAACAGACCAAACUUUUAUGGAGCAGUGGAAGAUGUGUUGGUUCAAUCAUGA